CGGGGCGGGGCGUGUUGGAGCCGGGUCACGUGGUGAUUGAUAGCGAUGAUUCCUCUGAAUCCUUGCUGGUGGUCCGUCACGGUGUUGGGGCUGCUGGCAGUGAUCAGUGCGGAGCUGGUCAAUGAAGCGAAUACUCCCAUGGUGCACAUCUUCUACAAGGACCCAUGGCCCCAAGAGCAGAGCACAGUGCCCGCAUCCUCUGCCGAGCCGAGUGCAUGUGCCAAUGCGUGUGAGAAUGGAGGACAAUGCCAACUGCUCAAAGGAGAACCUCUCUGUGUGUGUGAGCCUGGCUUCAUGGGCGACGCGUGCCAAGACCUGCAGCUGCAGCUGAGCUGUGACUCUGACAGGAUGACCAUCGGGAUCCUGAAGAGCGUUCUCCAAGAGCUGGCCAUGAACCUGUCCGUCCUGCACUUAUCUAACCCGGAAUGUAAGCUGCUCAACACAUCUGGGUUGCACUUCUCCAUCACCUUGACCCAUGAGAACCACAGUCUGUGUGGCACCACCAUCCAGGUGAAUGGCAGCCAUCUUACCUUCUCCAAUGAGCUGAGCGCAAGAACAGUGGAGGAGAGGGCAGAGCUCCCCAGCACCCUGAUAACCAGGUCCUCUGGCUUCCAGAUUGUCUUCUCCUGCGUGUACCGCCAUGACCAGGUUGUGUCCCUGCCGUUUCCUUUGCUCACAGUUGCUGCGUUGGUGACUUUCACAGUGAGGGAAGGAAAGUUUAAUGUCUCGAUGAAUCUGUACCCCACGGCGGAGUACGCGAUACCGUACUAUAGCCCCCCAGUCAUCCCCCUCAAUCAGCGGAUGUAUGUCCAGCUGCAGAUCCAGGGGCCAGGCCCCGAGACCUUCUUCAUCCUGAAGCUGGAGGAAUGUUGGGCUACCCCGUGGGAGUCCCAUGAGGGGGCUGUCCGCCAUCUCCUCAUUACAGAUGGGGCGGCCAAUGACUCCACUGUGGACAUGACUGCUUCUGGAAACCGCUCCCUGAGUCGCUUCUCCCUGAAGAUGUUCCGCUUCAUCAGUUAUAGGAAGGUUUACCUGCACUGCCGCAUCUGGCUCUGCCCGUACAAUGAGACGCUCUGCCAGCAGCAGCCAUUGCCCGGACGGCAGAAGCGAGACCUGAGUGACCCGUACAGGAAGGUGGUGACCUGUGGCCCCAUCCAGCUGGCGGAAGGUGUCAGGAGCAGCGUGGAGGAUCCAGAGUCUGGGCUCGGUGCGCUAGUCCUCCCAGGAUCCUUUGCGGCAGGAGCCGUUCUCCUCCUCCUCGGUUCUGUUGCUUUUGCAAAAGCUUUUAAGAAAAUGACUGGAAAACAGAAAUACAACAAUCCCGCUCAUGUAACGUCAGGCCGCUAA